AGUUUGCUAAUUAUUGGAAUAACAUUAUUAUUACCUUUGUACAAAAAAAUUAUGUACGUUAUCAGUAGUUAUUAACUGUGACUAGGAUAAUUACUAAUAAUUGAUGUUUAAGGUGUCAUUUUGUCUAGAUUACGGUAGUUAUGUAACAGUAUAAUUGUGAUUUUUUACAGUUAUCUAAUACGCAGUUUAUACGCAAUGAUUAUUUCACCAUCCACCAUACAUUUUCCUGAUUGAUGGAAAUAAUUUUCUAUAAGCUAUAAUGAAUUUAUCACCGAUUUCUAGUAUAAUAUUGACAAUCUUCAUCACCAGUGAGGCACUAAUAUGCUAUCACUGUCGAUAUUGUGACGAUAUUUUUAAAGCCCCAUAUGUCAUUGAAAGAGAUUGCUCGAGUAUGUUUGAAAAUGCAGCGUGUGAAAAGGUCGUCUAUGAAUUGAGUAAUUCAUCAAGAGGAGUGAUCAUCAGACGUUGUCAAUUCCGAAUUUUCCUUGCAAACACCUCCACUUCAGGUGCAUAUUUAUCUGAAAAUAAGAAAUAUCCUGUUGAUUAUAUACAACAACAUUAUUUACAAGUUGAUGUAAGGCAAAAUACUUCAAGGGCUUAUGUUAGCAGGAUAUCUGUUUUCCACUGCCAAACAAACUAUUGCAAUAGUACAUCAUCUACAUCUGGAUCAUCAUUAAUAAUACUUAUAUUCGUAUUGACUUUUCUAUUACUCUGACUCAUUCUGAUUUUGAUAUUUUUAUUUUACUUUAUUAGAGUCAACAAGUUAA